AUGUCUUCCCCCACCGACGUCAAAGACUACGGCGACUGGACCGUCAUUCACGACGAAAAUGGACAAACAGAAAACAAGUUGUCCGAUAGAAGAAGAACACUCGCUCGAACAUUAUCUAUCCCAAAGACAAUGUGCAUCAUGUCCGAUACCAAGACCGAGAUAUCCACAGUCACAGAGCUGCUCUCACCCAAGUUGAAACUUCCUCAACUGGGCAAUGAAUCCGCAGAAAGGGUCUUUCCAGUCCGAUCAGCGGUUUCUUUUGACUCGACGCCAUCAUCCGCUCUACCUACACCCUCUCUGGAGAAACUCGAGACCCCGAUAUCUCCAUUCUCAGAUACCCUGGUUGGGGAAGUUGGCAGUGGGCAGUCCGUCUGCCAACAGAAGGGUGCUUUGAAACGUGUCAACUCCAAUGCAAAUAUAUCGAAGGCAUCCGAUGAGACAACCCGAUUACAUCAAAAGAACAGAGACGAGGGUAAGGCCACAUCGACGGCGACGGAGCCUUUGACUGCUCGGCAUAAUCUUGAAGAUGGACUCGAGGCAAAGAUAUGCAAUGAAAGAAGCUUGGACUCGGAUCAUGAGAAGGAAAACCGAGAGCUCUUGAAGAGUCUACGGGAUACCUUGCAAAAUGGUAGCGAUAUUCUCGGCACUUGCACGACGACAACAGGGGUUCAAUAUUCGAGCCAGGCCAGAGAGAACAUUGCCGUUCAGCCAUUUGGAGCGAUUCUUGUUCUUGUAGAAUCUGAUGGCAACUUUGAAGUCAAAGAAGCGAGCAGCAACUCCAAGGAUAUUAUUGGAUAUUCCCCGGAGGAGCUGUUUGGCAUUCAAUCUUUCUGUGACCUUUUGCAAUCUCCACACAUGGAUAACUUCCUAACCCACAGCAAAGCGGUCUUGGAUGGUCAAUACGAUAUUGAAGACUGUGGCCCGGAGGUUUUCUCGUUUUCUGUGAGAUCGCCAGGCGGCGAUCUUCAAAUAGUGUGGUGCAAUAUGCAUAGUACGGAGCCCUACAAGGGGUAUGUCAUUUGCGAGAUCCAGCCAGAAAAUGCAGCCCACCCUCCACAGAGUCAGCCCAAAAGUCAAGCUGUGUGCGAGAGCAAGCAAUUAGACUCAACUUCCGGGGCUUAUUUUAAAGACUUGGUUUCACCAGUCGUGGAUGAAAGCAACAGAUCGAAAGCAUCAGAACUGUUGAACAAAAUCCCCCGAACGCUUCGGCGACUUGCGAAUGCACAGACUCUUGAAAGAUUAGUUCAGCAGGCUGUUUCAGUUCUGCAAGAACAUGUCCAGUUUGACAGAACGAGCAUCUAUCACUUUGAUAGUGAUCGAAAUGGAAUCGUUCUCGCCGACGCCACCACUAUUGUGGAUUUAACUCAGCAUGCAGGCGUUCAUUUUCCAGAGUCGGCAUUUUCGGAAGAUCUCAGGAGACAUUAUACACGGAAAACUGUCUGCUUCUCAUACUCCGCACCGGAAAAUACGGCACAGCUUGUGUGCCGUACUGGUGCGAAGGAAGUACCGCUUGAUCUAUCGCAGUGUUAUCUUUCUGUUCCACCGAGGGUGUCAGAUUCCCAUACAGAGAAUCCAGUCAAAGCAUGUCUCUCUAUUCAUAUCAAUGUUUUUGGCAAGUUGUGGGGACUUAUUUCGUGUCAGUCUUAUACAAGCAAGAGGGGACUCCAUCCCCUUGACCUCAAGCUUUGCUGGUUCAUUGCCGAAGCUGUCUCAAGUAACAUUGAACGUCUGUCAUACAGUCUGCAGUUUCAACUGAAAGAGCCGAGUGACUUGUCGUGCGAAAGCACUGGGGCUCAGGCAAUCAAAACUCCCCAGGGUGACCUGCUCAGCUUGUUCGGCGCGGAUUAUGCUGCAGCGUCUAUCCUCGGCGAAGCAAAAAUUCUGGGACGUCCAACUGACUCGCAGGAAGUCCUUGCGCUGCUAGAAUAUAUGAGAGUCAAAGAAAACGACUCCGUCUGUUGGUCUACUGAUAUCGCUGCUGAUUUCCCCGAUCUCAAUUAUUCACGUGGUUUUCAUCAUCUAGCUGGUUUGUUUUACGUUCCACUUUCAGGAGACGGACACGAUUUCAUCAUAUUCUUUCGGACUAGCUCUGGUGGGCCUCAGUCCGAGCAGACGACGCAGCUGCAUGUUGAACCCGAGGGACAAAAGUCAAAGCGUCAGCAACUUUGGUCGACGACGGACAUCGGGAAAGCCUCCAUCUUAUCCCAGCUGUAUUGCACAUUCACCGAAGUAUGGCAAGAGAAGGAGGUGACCUUGCAGAACAAUCAAUUGAUGAGACUGCUUCUUGCCAACUCUGCACAUGAGUUCAGGACCCCUCUGAACGCUAUCAUCAACUAUCUGGAAAUUGCACUCGAUGGACCGCUGGAUCAAGAGACGAGGGACAAUAUAUCUAGAUCCCAUUCAGCGUCCAGGUCAUUGGUAUAUAUCAUCAAUGAUCUUUUGAAUCUGACCAAUGCCGAGAACGGACAACGGUUGAUAAAAGAUGAGGUAUUCGACCUCUCCGAGACCCUUACCGAAGCCACGGACAUCUUCUGGGAGGAGGCGAGACAGAAGCACGUCGAUCUGCAGGUCGUUCAACACGCUGCUCUGCCUUCCGUACUUGGAGACCAGCGGCGUGUGCGUCAAGUCAUCACCAAUUUGAUCAGUAAUGCAGUGCAGCACACGUCUUCGGGGGCCGUCACAAUCGAAUCCUGUGUCGUGCCAGAAUCACUGAACCCAGACUGUAUUUCUGUCGAGGUUUCCAUCCACGACACUGGUUCCGGCAUGUCACAGGAGACAGUAGAGACUCUGUUCUGCGAACUAGAGCAGGUUUCCAACAAAGGGUAUAUGAAGAACCCGAAGGCCUUUGAUCAGGCGAGUGAUCAGUUCCAGACUACCGAGGGUGUCCUCGGUCUGGGUCUUGCCCUGGUGGCUCGAAUCGUGCGCAACAUGAAUGGUCAACUGAGUCUGAAGUCCGAGGCAGGGAAAGGAAGCUGCUUCAAGAUUAGGCUUGAGUUUCCUCUUCCCGAGGAGGGGAGUGUGCAAAGCCCAGUUGGUGUCGCAGCCGGGCACAUGAACACAAACCAAGAUGAACUAAAGCAAGGCAGUGCAUCAAGUUGCAUGAACCAGGAGAAAGGUGGCAUUCCAUGUGAAUGUGGUGAGACUCCGGAGUUCAGAUCUGGAGAACAUGGUGUCUAUAUUGAUGUGAAUCUGAAAACCGGCGAGAGUAGAACCCUCGCACUUUCUGCUGAGAAUAUCGAGAGCGAAGCAAACAAGCCAGACUCAAAUCCCUCGCCACCCGAAAGCACCGCACGAUCACUUCAAUCUUCUCAGAAACAAUCCUUACAAGCUGCACCAGAAACACAGUCCACCGACUCGUCACCAAUGGAUUGGAGUCUGCAUGUCCUCGUUGCUGAAGACGAACCCAUCAACAGCACGAUCGUGAAGAAGCGCUUGGAGAAGUUCGGCCAUACCGUUCACCUCACAUCCAACGGCAAAGAAUGUUUGACCGUCUACAAGGAGAGCCCCGGUCGCUUUGAUGCUGUGCUCAUGGAUCUGCAAGUAGGUCAACCGUAUCUCCAAAGACAUACACCCGCUCACUGUUUUGUUUUUCCACAGAUGCCCAUCGUUGAUGGCCUCAGUGCAACGAGGUUGAUCCGCGAAUACGAGCAGCAGGAGAUAGCGAAUGAGUCGACCCCUGCGCCUCGCAUUCCCAUCUUUGCCGUCUCGGCAUCUCUGGUUGAAGAGAACCGCGCCACAUAUAUCAGGACGGGGUUCGAUGGUUGGAUCUUGAAGCCGAUCGAUUUCCAUCGUUUGGAUCGGUUGCUCGGGGGUAUAAAGCACCAAUGGGUACGAGAAGAGCACAUCUAUCAGCCUGGGGAGUGGGAGGAGGGUGGAUGGUUCAAGGGCUAG